GUCUGGCUACGUACGCCUGUGUCGCGUAGCUCGCUACGCCGUGCACCACUGAAAUCUACGACGAUUGUUGUAUACUGUUUGCCGUUAUCAGUGAUUAUUGACUGUUUUACUUGUGUGUUUAGUGAACUGUUUUAUGGUAUUGUUGAAUCAUACUUUUGGAUGGGAUAACUUUUUUUCGGACAUCCAUAGUAACUUGUUGAAGGAUAAAGAUGCGUUGUCACGGACGACACGUACAGCUCUAACUCAUUUCACGAAAGGAGAAAAUCCAAUAUCUGAGAGGUAUUUACAAUGAAGGGGGUCAUGAGAAAAGCGCGGAGCCGUCAAGAGGUGCUUGCGACUUGACGUGUGGGCGUCAGGCAGAGAACCAGCAUGGCUUCGCAACUUGCCACUAUAUUACUGUGGCUUGGCGGAAGCGUGUUUGGUCUACGAGACAUCCAGCUAAGUGUCCCGGAAGCAGUGGGUGUGGGCGCCAGUGCGUCCCUUGGCUGUCGCUGGGCGCUGGACACGGGUGAAGCGCUCUACACCGUCAAAUGGUACCAUGGCGCCCAGGAGUUCUUCCGCUUCGUGCCCAAGGAACUUCCCAAUACGAGAGUAUUCUCGCAAACUGGCAUUAGUGUUGACGUGUCACGCUCAGGGGCUCAGCAGGUUGUGUUGCGGGGAGCGACAAGGAGUCUCAGCGGGCGAUACCGAUGCGAAGUUUCGGCCGAUGCGCCGUUCUUCCACACCGUCUACAAAAGUGCUUAUAUGCGCGUAGUAGAAUUGCCGGAGUCGGGACCGAAAGUGCUUGCACAGAAGAGCUGGUAUACGGUAGGCGAUAUGCUGCGAGCUAAUUGCACUUCCCCGCCUUCUGAUCCGGCGGCGAAUCUCACGUGGUUACUUAACGGUUAUGAGGUUAAAGGUCUCGACAUCCCGUUACAAGACACGUUUUACCCACCAAGACAACCUGUGAUAAGCGACGCAUCCCUAGAAGAUGCGAAUAGAAUAAUAUUCAGUCCGUGGGACGCUAUCUCUGGGUACGAGGACCCUGCGACUGAUAUUAUAGACAUUCCGGGCGACGCGGACAUCGCUUCAAACUCUCACAAGAACAACUUUGAAAGCACAACGUUACUCGCACCGAGACCUGAGCAAAUUGCUAGCAAAAAUAUUAGCGUUGAAGGAGAAAAAUCUAAUAAGUCUUCCUCCUUCAGUCAGCUCGUUAUUCGAGUGCAAACUUCACAUUUUUAUAAGGGUCGUCUUAACGUCACAUGCGUGGCUCGAAUACUCUCCGUGUGGUCAUCCAGUGGCUUCCUCCUGCUGGACGAAGAGAGGCCCCAAAUUGCACCUGUCAUGGGCAGUCGAGACUCUAACUCAGGUCUCCGCUGCUCCACAUCUCACGUCGCGGCGCUUUUAAACUAUUUACUCCUGAAUCUGCUCUGGGUUUUCCGAUGAUCGCCGGUGUAAAAGGGUGGCUACACAUUCUCUCCGAUCAAAUCAGUGUUACACUAUUGAAGGUUACACCCACAUCUAUAGUCGAGUAUUUCUUUUAUAUUAAACAGUAAAAAUAUACGUUAUACACUACAAAUAACGUUAUAUACUGUAUGUAAAUAUAUUCAAAUAUAUAUACCUGAAUAUAUAGAUGUUUUUUUUCUCUAUAGACGGGAUAUUUCUUACUAAAAAUUCUGAUAUACUUAAUAUUACAUAUUUCAAACUAUGAGAAAUUGUAGGAAUAUAAUAUUGUAUGUUACUUUCCAAUGUAGAAGAAUAUAAUACUCUACUAUAUAUUUGGGUAUUAGUGAUUAUACAAACUGACAGGUGAAACGAUUUUAUCAGUGAAGUGAUUUAAUAGUAGUGACUUUUAUACUUGUAUAUAAAUAGUUUUUAAAUAAUUAUAGAUGUAAGAAUAUAGUGAUGUUUUGCUUCACAACUUCUAUGUAUGUAACUGUUACUAUAAU